UAGACAAAUGAACUUGUCAAAGUCCACCACCACUGUCCAGAGCAGAGUGUGUUACAGCUGUGAGCAGCAGAGUGGAAGCUGAGGGCAACAUCUGAAUCAUGGCGUCUUCAGAAGAGUUCAAACCAGACCCCAGACUUCCCAAGAAGCUUGUUUACUUCCUGAUGAACAACCACAGUGUACCGCCAUCCUGCUUCUCCUUACCACCGACCGCAGCACAAUUACCAUACUUGGUGGACACCAUACAACUUUGCAUCAUGGGGAUCCUCACCAUUCUUUCCAUAAUCUCAAUCAUUGUUUAUGUGGAAGAUGCUCUUUACAUUAUGAAGAAAGUACAAUGCCCAAUGAAAAAAAGAACAUCUCUAUGGAGCAGUGCUGCCCCAAUGGUCAUCUCAACAAUUACCUGUUUGGGUCUGUGGAUUCCUCGUUCAGCCAUGUUUGUAGAAAUUGCUAUUGGCACGUAUUUUGCAGUUUGCUUCUACCUCAUCUUAAUGGUUAUAAUAGAAGGCUAUGGGGGAAGAAAUGCAAUUGUCAAGAAAUUUGAAUCCACUGAUCUUCACAUCAACACUGGACCAUGUUGCUGCUGCUGCUGCUGCCUCCCUCGCAUCAAACUGACCAGGAGGAAGGUGAACCUCUUCAUCAUAUGUGUCUUGCAGAUGGCAUUCUUGAAGCCACUGUUUAAUUUCAUUGGCUUGAUUCUCUGGACUGAUGGCAUUUACAAUACAGAAAAUCUCUCAGCGACCAGUGUUGCACUAUGGAUGAAUGUGAUUCUUGGUUUUGGUACUAUUCUAGCCUUAUGGCCAAUUGGGAUACUAUUCCGUGUGGCCAAAGAUCACUUGGCUGAAUUCAACAUGAAAACAAAAUUUGCAGUUUUUCAGCUGAUGCUUCUCCUGAGCACGUUACAGGCCUCGAUUUUUAGUAUCCUGGGCAGUGCCGGAGUUCUUCCCUGCGUGCCUCCAUAUGCAUUUAAAGCCAGGUCUUACUUGAUGCACUACCAUCUGCUAAUUAUAGAGACAUUUAUAUUGACAAUAAUGGCUCGAAAUGCAUAUAGGAAGAAGGAUGAAGAAGCAGGGUACAAGAUAAAAACACAGUCUGCGUGAUUCAGACAUCCUGUAUAGUCAGUCCUCCAACAUAUUCUGUGCAUUUAUGCAUACCUAUAUAUCAGUAUGCCAUACCAAAGAUAACAUCAUUUUUUUUAUAUUCAGCGGUGAACACCCUAACUGCAAAUUUUCUUGGGAGUGUUUGCAAUGUUAAACUCAGAAUUAGGUUCAUGCACACGGCCGUUGCGUUCAAUUUGUGGUCCCCAUUGCAUCGGCAACAUCCGUGUGGAUUCUGUAGAUGGAUCCAGAUUCCAGUCCCAUUCAAUUUGAAUGGGUCACUGAUCUGUCGACACUGCAAAAAAGCAGUGCAUGCACUACUCUUUUGCGGUGCGGAGGCACAGAGAGAAACCUGUGCCUCCGUUCCGUAGCAGACCUUCUGGAUUAUGGACCGAUUCAAGUGAAUGGGUUCCCGUCAUGCGGUGCAAAACAGCCGGGGCCCGUAUAUAUUGCGGAACGGCUGUUUGCGGGUCGCAAUACGGGCCCGGUCGACAAACGGUCGUGUGCAUGAGCCCUUAGUCUACAACUACUAUAUGUCCAAAAGACCAUUGAAACACUAAAAUAUGUGGACUUGAAGGGGUAUUCUGCUUGUAACAAGUUAUCUCCUGUCCACAGGAUAGGGGAUAACUAUUGGAUUGGUAGGGGUCUGACCACAAGCAGGGGCGAAACUACCAUAGUGGCAGACCAUGCAACUGCUAUAGGGCCCAGGGCAAGAUGGGGCCCAGUUGGGAUUAUCUCUUCUUCUACUGGGGUGAAAACUUGGUCAGGACUCUACCCUCUAAAGGAAACCCUUCUGUCCUGUGUGUGGGGCCUGGUUUGAUCCUUGCUAUGGGUCCUUUACUUCUCUAUGUAUGCCACUGACCACUGGUUCCCACUAAUCAAAAGAAAGGAGACCCUGUAGCCUGCAGGGCCCCAAAAUGAAUGAUGUGGCAGGUCUAUGCACUGCAGCUCUGUUCAUCUCUAUGGGACAGCCUUGGCUGGGUACAGUGCACUGCUAUUUCUGGCUGUCUCAUAGAGAUGAAUGGAGAUGCAGUGCGCGUGUCCAACCUGCCGCUUCAUUCAAUUCAGUUGGCCACGCAGGGUACAAGGCUCCCAUACUUGUGAUUGGUGAGGGACUUAGCAGUUGGACCCCCCAUGAUCUAAUAUUUUUUCCUUAUCCUGUGGAUAGAGGAAAGAUAGCUUGUUUCAACCGAAAUACCCCCUUAAGGCAUAAAAGAAUGAAGAACUGUUCCGCAGUACACAAAUUAUAACUGAAAAUACCAGAUAUAUACCUCCGAACUAUGGACUGCAACCUCAUUUCUCAAGUACUGUUUUUUUUUUUAUCACCAUACAUGAUCUUUGGUUACUCACAGGAUAUACCGUAUACGGUAUAAAUGUUAUAAACCACAACUUCUAUUUUUACAUAAAUGUCUGUCAUUAUUCUUCUCAUAAAAUAUAUAUAUAUAUAUAUAUAUAUAUUUUUUUGUUAACAUUUAGUUGUACCCUAAUCAUAGUCUUGUACUAUGCUGCAUCAUAUGAAACACUUUUCUACUUAGGCUAAUUUCACACUUGCAGCAGUGUCCGGCAGGCUGUUCCAGCGGGGGAACAGCCUGCCGGAUCAGUGCUAAUGCUAGCCCACCGCGCCGCUGG